UUAACGAUUCCAAUGGCUAGCAAAUUAGCCAUCUCUUUGACUUCUUCUGGUCUCUCCUCUGCUCCUAUUCGGAAACCAGUCAUCUCUUUAUCAUCAUCUUCUUCUUCUUCUACGAGGUCUCAGUCCAUUCAAUUCAAUGGAAGGCAUUUUUGUGUUCGACGCAGAAUUUUUAUGCUUCCAAUCAAGGCAACUGCUGACCAACAAGGUCAGGUGGGAGAAGACCAGGUUGUGGACAGUAAAAUUCUGCAGUACUGUAGCAUAGACAGGAAAGAGAAAAGGUCAAUAGGUGAAAUGGAGCAGGAGUUUCUUCAAGCAUUACAAUCAUUUUAUUAUGAGGGAAAAGCUAUAAUGUCAAAUGAAGAAUUUGAUAAUCUCAAGGAAGAACUAAUGUGGGAAGGAAGCAGUGUUGUUAUGCUAAGUUCUGAUGAGCAGAAGUUUCUGGAAGCUUCAAUGGCUUAUGUAUCCGGGAAACCAAUUUUGAGUGAUCAAGAAUUUGACGAGUUGAAGAUGAGACUAAAGCAAGAAGGUAGUGAAAUCGUAGUUGAGGGUCCUCGAUGCAGUCUUCGUAGUAGAAAGGUUGAACCUGAUCUGUUUGACUAUUUAAAAGAUGUUCCUGUUGGUAUGUCCCCUGCAACUGUUGUUGCAUUAGGCUUGUUUUUCUUCUUGGAUGAUUUGACUGGAUUUGAAAUAACAUAUCUUCUGGAGCUUCCAGAACCAUUCAGCUUCAUCUUCACAUGGUUCGCUGCGGUGCCAUUAAUAGUCUGGUUAGCUCAGUCUUUCACAAAUGCAAUUGUAAAAGACUUUUUGAUCUUAAAGGGCCCUUGUCCCAACUGCGGUACCGAAAACCUCUCCUUCUUCGGAACCAUUCUUUCAGUUUCAAGCGGUGGUGUAACCAACAUGGUCAAGUGCUCAAAUUGUGGAACUGAUAUGGAGUAUGACUCGAAGACACGAUUGAUUACACUGCCAGAAGGAAGCAAUGCUUGAUUAAGAGGAUGAGACCAGUUUAUGGGAAUCAUAAAAUGCAACUGCUACUUAACUCAUAAAGGCGGAAGUCAGGAGUGUAAAAACUUUGGGUGAUAAAUUAUGGGAGAGGAGAAAGUUUUCAGAUGUGUGCUCUGUAAUGUAUCUGUAUGGUUGUGUUAAUAUUGUAAUUUACCAGUAUAUAAAUACUUCAUACAUUGACCUAUUACAGGCUUGCCAUAAGAAUAUGACAGCAGAAUUGCAAUCAUCAUUUAUGGUUUAGCAA